UCUAGCCAUCCCCAUCUUUCUGAUCUCAACCUCACACAAAGUAGCAACAAACACUGUGGCAGAGCCAGACAUCUCCAAGCUAGCACAAUGAAACUUCACACCACCACCACCAUGUCUCUCCUCCUCUUCCUCCUCUUAGGCUCCUCGUGCCUCCAAGUCUCCAUGUCCGGAUCAGCGUUCUGCGACAGCAAGUGCAGCUUCAGGUGCUCCAAGGCGGGCCGGCACGACGACUGCCUCAAGUACUGCGGGAUAUGCUGCGCCGAGUGCAACUGCGUGCCGUCGGGGACGUCCGGGAACAAGGACGAGUGCCCCUGUUACCGCGACAAGACCACCGGGAAAGGCAGCCGCAAGAGGUCCAAGUGCCCAUGAUCACCCAUCCAAAGCCAUGCUUCAACAACUGAACCGCCUCAUGCAUGUUUGCUGAAGGGACUUAUAAAGAUCCUUAUAUCUGCAUGUAAGGUUGUAAACCAUGAACGCCUCAUAUAUGGCUUGCAUUGCAAUGACGGCAUGCUCCUCUCCCUUAUAUCCGCAAUUCUGCAUGUAAACCAUGAGCGCCUCAGGUAUGGCUUGCAUUGCAAUGACGGCAUGCUCCUUUCGGUAA